ACAACCCACGCCAACCACCAUGAUUUACUGCUUUCCAUUGCUGCAAUUAUUUGAUGAUAAUCACGAGACCACCAAACCAAAUACAGUACAAAAUUAUGCCGCCUGUCUCAUUCAAUCCUGAUUAGGUGUGAGGUAUCAAACAAAUGCAAAAGCAAGGCAAAAGAAAUGAAAAUUAUUCCUUGCCUGUCUCUCUUGGACUUUUCUUCAAUUCAUAUCCAAUGAAUGCCAUCAAUUAUUGGGAGACCAGUUUAUAGAGACCAUGCCCAUGCCUUAUUAUCACCUGCCCCAUUUCUUUCUCUGCAUCUUUUCAUAUUCUUGCAUGAUGGAUUUGUUCAGAAAACCAGCAUGGAGUAUUGUUCCAAUGCUUCUACUCUGCUUCUGGACCACUGAAUCUGAUUGUUCUAUGCAAGAGGACAUCCAUUUUGCAAGCAAGACAGGAAGUUCUCUGAACUUUCUUGUUGUUGGGGACUGGGGAAGAAAAGGAUUGUUCAAUCAGUCCCAAGUUGCUUUUCAGAUGGGAAGAAUAGGACAGAAGUUGGGGAUUGACUUUGUUAUUUCCACUGGUGAUAACUUUUACGAGAAUGGAUUGACUGGCACAGAGGACCCAAGUUUUGAACAGUCUUUCUCUGACAUCUACACUGCCAAAAGCUUGCAGACUCAAUGGUAUUCUGUGCUAGGAAACCAUGACUACAGGGGAGAUGCUUUGGCUCAGCUGAGCCCCAUUCUGAGUAGCAGAGACUCUAGAUGGUAUUGUGAAAGAUCCUUCAUACUCAAGUAUACAAUCCACCCAUUGUUUAGAGAUUUUGGUUCAGUAGACUUCUUUUUUGUGGACACAAACCCCUUUGUUGACAAAUAUUGGGAGCCGAGUAAGACUACAUAUGAUUGGAGAGGGGUUCUUCCUAGAGAAAAUUAUCUCAAGCAACAGUUAGAGGACCUAACAAAUGCUUUGGUGGCUUCAAGAGCUACAUGGAAAAUAGUUAUAGGUCACCAUGGGAUCAGAAGCAUUGGAUCACAUGGGGAUACACCUGAACUUGUUCAACAUCUGUUGCCAAUUUUAGAAGCUUAUGGAGUGGACCUGUACAUGAAUGGGCAUGAUCAUUGCCUUGAACACAUUAGCAGCCUCAACAGUCCCCUAGAGUUUUUGACAAGUGGGGGAGGAUCCAGAGCAUGGAGAGGAAUCAACAAAUCAGCAGACAUGAAGGGUGUUCGAUUCUUUCAUGAUGGUCAAGGUUUCAUGUCUGUGCAAAUCACACCAACAUCGUUGCAGGUUAAAUUCUAUGAUGUUGAUGGGAAUUCCAUUCAUCAUUUGGAUUUAAUUAAAGACCAGUAUAUUUCUUAUUGACAUGUUGAUUGAAUUAUUUCAGCCCAGAUUCAACUGGUAAUAUUUUUUGGGCUGGGUAUGAAAACUUUCAAUUGAUGAUUUUUAUCAAGCUCGCAUCAAUGCCUUGAAUAUCGAAAUCACUUGGAGAAAUUCUGUUUUCGUUA